GCUGGGUGUGUGCUCCCUCCUAUAACCCCUUGCCAUUUGCGCUCCUCAUCCGAUGGUUGAUAAACAUCAGUCAUGUUUGUUUAUACCACGUGCUCAAUGUUUCUCUUGUUAUUGUAAUCUGGUUAUUGUAAUCAGGCCUUCGGUGUGUUUUUUUAUCCGAGGAGUGGAGGCUGAUGAGAAGAGGAUGUUUUGAUUUUGCGGAUGAGUGCAGGCGACAUUGAUCUCACCCACCCACGCCUGUAUACAUCCACCGGAAGAAGUGAGCGUCUCAGGAGAGUCUGAAAAUAUUACAAGGUCCUCAACGACUGCAGUUCGCCCCUCGCAUGCACCACAUGCACACAAAAACAUCUUAUUUACCCUGAGAAUGGGAGAAUAUUCUCUCCACAAUUGAGAUAAAAUUCUCAUAAAUAUUUUUCAAAGCUCAAAAGCCAGAGAUAUACAUCGAGAACAACUAGAAUUGAUUGAUCGUUGGUGAUACAAAGUUUCAGAGUAGAAACUAAGAGGGAAUAAAGACAGAUGGAGGUGGAAAGUUAAAGUGGAAGAUUGAAGUUGGAAUUGAACUUUUCAUGCUGUUAGGAUAAUGGGAGUGGAACUGAGGAGAUUGGGAGUAUUCCUGAUGUGGCAAUGGUUUGUUGUGGGCUUGCCACUUGAGCCCCAGAUCCUGAUACCCGAAAGGAGUAUACGCGAGGGAUCGUACAUAAGACAUUACACAGCUGUUCAUUAUGACACGGAGAUGUUGAGGAGACAUCGGACACGAGUGCGACGGGAUCUACGCGGAAAGGGAGAGACGCUUUGGUUGAAUGUAACAGCAUUUGACAGAACUUAUAGGAUGCGCCUCGUUCAGGAUACGACUUUGUACCACGAAAAUGCCAUCUUUGAGACAUCGAGUGGCCGUCCAAUUUCAUUCGAUUCGUCUCACAUCUACACGGGAACGCUCGAGGACGAUGAGAAUUCCAAGGUACAGGGUAUCAUCACUGAGAACGGCUUGUUUGAUGGCACGGUUAUUACUGCUGCUGAUGAAAUUUACAUUGAACCUGCAACGAGGUAUGCUAGACUUGUGAGGCGAAAUGCAGAUGUCAGUUAUCACACUAUUGGAUAUCGAGCUAAUGACAUUGCAACGCCAGUGGCUGCUCGAAUGAUACGUCAAUAUGGAACUGGUGGUCUCAUUGAGGAUGUAUCAUUCAAUCAGACGCAUACAUUAAAUCCCCCAAGGCAGACACUCGACAGAGCAUCCACUAAAGAAUUCUAUUUGAGAGAUAAAACUAUAAACCGAUCGAAUAGCAUUUACGGCGACGAGACUGACAAGGAUCGAUUGGGACGCGUCCUACGAAACCGGAAAUCAGUUGACCCAAAAAAAACAACGUGCAUGUUGUAUCUGCAGGCAGAUCACACGUUCCUCGAUCACUAUAAAUCGGAGGAGGCUUGCAUCGAGGUCAUGACCCGUCACGUUCAACGAGUCAAUUCGAUAUACCGUUACACAGAUUUCAAUCAGGACGAACAGCCGGAUAACAUAAGUUUUAUGAUAAAGAGAAUUAAAAUAUACGGUAACGAUGCACUUGAUAAUCCGUCGUAUCGUUUUACUGGAAAGUACGGAGUUGAGGAGUACCUCGAGCUCUUCUCAGAGGAAAAUUACGACGCUUUUUGCCUGGCGUACAUGUUUACUUAUCGUGAUUUUGAGAAGGGAACGCUGGGGCUUGCGUGGACUGGGGAUCUGAAGAAUGCGGGAGGAGUUUGUGAGAAGAAUGGGCACUAUCGAGGCAGUAUGAAGUCCCUAAACACGGGCAUAAUAACUCUCCUGAACUACGGAAAGCACGUACCACCAGCGGUAUCACACGUCACUCUUGCCCACGAAAUUGGUCACAACUUCGGAUCGCCGCAUGACCCGGACCAGUGUUCACCCGGAGGUGAGGAUGGUAACUUCAUAAUGUUCGCACGAGCGACCAGCGGGGACAAGCGAAACAACAAUCGAUUCAGCCCGUGCAGUCUACUCUCCAUCAAUCCCGUGUUGAAUAUCAAGGCACGCUCCAGCAAGGGCUGCUUUGCAGAACAACAAACCGCCAUUUGUGGAAAUGGAGUUGUCGAAGAGGGAGAGGAGUGUGAUUGCGGUUGGGAGGAAGAUUGCAAUGAUCCUUGUUGCCACCCUCAACGACUUCAUCAUGCCCCUUUCGAGAUACCCUGUCGUCUAACCGAAAAUGCCGUCUGCAGUCCCAGUCAGGGCCCGUGCUGUUCGCCCGAAUGUUCACUGCGUAAUGGGGAGAAAUGCAGGGAUAAUAACGGAUGCAGAGACGCCAGUUUCUGCGAUGGACUCACUCCCCAGUGUCCUCCUUCCAUUAAUAAACCUAAUAAAACUAUCUGCAAUGAGGAAUUUGUCUGCUAUAUGGGGGAGUGCACAGGAAGCAUUUGUCUUGCUUACGGCCUAGAAUCUUGCCAAUGCAGUGCGGGCCCGAUCGAUCCUCCAACCAAAAGUUGUGAAUUAUGCUGUAAACUACCCGGCGAGGAGCAGCCGUGCAUAUCAUCCUUCGAGUGGAAUUCCCCUCCCUACGAGAUUCCCAACAUGAUGUCAAAGCCAGGCACACCCUGCAACGACUACAACGGCUAUUGCGAUAUUUUUCAGAAAUGUCGGGAGGUCGAUCCCACGGGACCUCUGGCAACUCUCAGACGACUAUUACUGUCUGAUAUGAGUAUGGAGAGGGUUCACAGAUGGAUAACCGACCGGUGGUAUGCUAUUACCCUUGGGGUACUCGGUAUCAUCAGUAGCUUGAUUAUCCUAACGAUCUCAUUCAGCAAGCCUUCAAAGUCCAACCUCCGGAUGUUAUACCCAACAUCGGAGGAUUCAUCGAUCCGGCAUUUGCAUCCCGAGCCCGAGGCUGUUCGACCCAAGUCCAAGUGGAUAAUUAGCACAAUGAGUGCAUCGAAAAGUAUCUCGAGGAUCAAACGCAGGCUUUUAGAAACCAUGAAGAGCAUUGCAUCGCCGAGAAAAACCAGUGACUUGGUGGCACUGCCUGCUAAUGAUAUCACGAGGUCCAUUAAAAUGUGACAAUGCUAUUGACACUGUAACUGAGAGUGGAAACAGUAUUUUUGAAAUUGGGCAGAAAUAUGGUGGACAGAUUCAUUAUGCAAAAAAUGUGUCCAUCAUCCUGCCAGUGAUAUUAAGGUGUAAGAGACUGAGCUGAUGCUCUUCGUGUAAAUAUUGUAAAUGAGGUGAAUAUUAAUUUGUUAUUCAAAAGCUGCACCAGAUUAUUUAAUUAUGAAACUAUUCGAGGGUAAUAGUGAAUAAAUCACGGCAUAAUAUUGUUGAUGUGGGUAGACUAGAUGAACUAGUUGUGUUGAAACUAUUUAAUUAAAUAUCAAUUGAAUAUUGAAGAUUGAAUAUCAUUUUUACUAAAUGAAUUUUAUUUUUUAACAACUUUCCAACUGACGACAUCGCACGUUUUAACUCGAACGCAUCAUUUCUCUUGGAAUACAUUUCAGAAGCAACAACAUGAAAUUUAUUAUAAAUAUAACACGCUUUUAAAUAUAAUUUGUUUUGUGCCAUUGAUUAAUUCAUAAGCAUUGACACAGAGGUAAAUUGAUCGUUUUUUGGCAUCGAAGAUCACAAAGUUUUUUUAUACGAUAUUCAAAGCAUCUAUUAUAUAUUUGAUAAAUGUUUCUUUUGAGUUAUUUAAUUGGAGAACUGUAAAAACUGUUUUUUUAACGAGGAUUCAAUCACCGAAUUUGAUAAUUCAACACUGAUAUCUGUAGAACUGGAAUAUAAAUUGAUCGUUUAUUGACUCUUGUCAGUAA